AUGUCAACAAAUGAGUCCGAACGAAAUAUUAAUCCGGACGUGAUCCUUAAAUUUGAUAAAGAUAAAAAUAGAGAACCUAUUAAAGGAGAGAGAAAUGUUUUGGUCACUAGUGCAUUACCUUACGUUAAUAAUAUUCCUCAUUUAGGAAAUAUUAUUGGUAGUGUGUUGAGCGCGGACGUGUUCGCCAGAUAUUCUCGUGCACGAAGAUAUAAUACACUUUUUAUAUGUGGUACAGAUGAAUAUGGUACAGCAACCGAAACAAAAGCUCUUGAAGAAGGAAUUACUUGUCAAGAACUUUGCGAUAAAUACCAUGCCAUCCAUA